AUGGCUCGUCGUUACGUCGAUCGAAUUGAUGUCCGCCCUCCACACAUCAUCGCAGCAUGCGAUGGGUUUCGCAUCGAUUGUGUCGCGGCCCAGAACGCAAAGCUCGCUCCGGUCAAAGCUCUCUUCCGUGGAUACCAAGAUCCUUACGGAGCGACAUUCACAAACUAUGCCGAUUCGAUUGAAUAUCACAAGAGAUUCUUAAUGGGCCGACCGUCUUGGCUGUAUACUGUUUUCAUUCAAAACCACCAACCAACGGACUUGAAACACCAGGCCGACAUAUCUGGCGCCAAGUGGAAAGAUGUGACGUCCUUUGCGGCAAUAGAUGUUGACGGUAAAGAUUGGGAUACAGUGACGGAGUUGAAGGAUCAUCCCGUACAAAAGGAGGUUUACCCGGAUGGCAACAACCCACAUCACGAGUGGAAAUAG